GCCCUCAGAGAGAGGGAAGUGUUGGCGUCUGGUGGAGUUUGCGUGGGACUGGGGGACUGACUGGCACUUCGUUCCCAUCUGCCCAGGCCCUCACCAUGCCCACCAUCUUCCCGGAACUGGAUCUGGAGGACUUUGAGUACGAUGAUUCUGCUGAGGCCUGUUACGUGGGCGACAUCGUGGCCUUUGGGACGGUCUUCCUGUCCAUCUUCUACUCCCUCGUCUUUGCCUUCGGUCUGGUGGGAAAUCUGUUGGUGGUGCUCGCCCUCACCAACAGCCGGAAGCCCAAGAGCAUCACCGACAUCUACCUCCUGAACCUGGCCUUGAGUGACCUGCUCUUUGUGGCCACCUUGCCCUUCUGGACUCACUACCUCGUCAGCGAGGAAGGCUUCCACAACGCCGUGUGCAAGCUCACCACUGCCUUCUUCUUCAUCGGCUUCUUUGGGGGCAUAUUCUUCAUUACCGUCAUCAGCAUCGAUAGGUACCUGGCCAUUGUCCUGGCCGCCAACUCCAUGAACAACCGAACGGUACAGCACGGUGUCACCAUCAGUCUGGGCGUCUGGGCGGCGGCCAUCUUGGUGGCGGCACCCCAGUUCAUGUUCACGAAGAGAAAGGAAAACGAGUGUCUGGGUGACUACCCGCAAGUCCUCCAGGAAAUCUGGCCCGUGCUCCGCAACUCGGAAGCAAACAUCCUAGGCUUCGUGCUGCCCCUGUUCAUCAUGAGCUUCUGCUACUUCCGAAUCCUCCAGACUCUGUUUUCCUGCAAGAAUCAGAAGAAGGCCAGGGCCAUCCGACUCAUCCUCCUCGUGGUGGUGGUCUUCUUCCUCUUCUGGACACCCUACAACAUCGUGAUCUUCAUGGAGACUCUCAAAUUCUACAACUUCUUCCCUAGCUGUGACACGAAGAGGGACCUGAGGCUGGCCCUCAGUGUGACGGAGACAGUGGCGUUCAGCCACUGCUGCCUCAACCCCCUCAUCUACGCCUUUGCUGGGGAGAAGUUCAGGAAAUACCUUGGACAGCUGUACAGGAAGUGCCUGGCUGUCCUGUGCUGCCGUCCUGUCCACGUCAACUUCACACCGGAAUCCCAGCGGAGCAGACAGGAGAGCAUCCUGAGCAGCUUCACUCACUACACAAGCGACGGAGAGGGCUCUCUGCUGCUCUGAAAGGCCCUGGACCCCACUGCGAACCCAGAUUUCUUGACUCUGACUCGGGGAAAUGAGGACAGACUUUUAUUUUUCCUGCUGUGUCUUAGAAACAUGGACUAGAUGCCUACAAAACAACUCCACAGUGUUUUGAAAUUUUUAUGUUCAUUUCGUGAACGAUACACAUAUUGCUGGCUGUAAAUGCUGAACAUCGGGGCUUACGCAUGACAAGGCUUCUAACCCGAUUGGAAAAAUUACAAAGGGGUGGCAAGGGUCGUUCACGUGGUCAUGUCAGACUGAGAGGAAACCAAGCUCUGAAUCCAGCUAGAACGUCCCCUCUCUGGCCUUCAGAGUCUGAGUACUGACAGGUCAUCCAGACACACAUUCCAUAGUCAGAGAAAGACUUGGUCUCUUUCUGAUUUCAAGGUCAGCAUUCCCAGGGAAGGACUUCCAUUGGCCAAGCUGUGUAACGUGCCCAUCCCUUGAUUCCUCUUGAGGAAGAGACCUGGUCAGUCAUCCUCAUCAACUUAGACCAUGAGACCCUAUAUGGACAAGUUCGACAGAACCACCAUAUAUGGGCUGCAUGUGCAUGCUUCAGCAUUGCCAGGGCAUACAUUUCAUUCAUCCAUCCAUUCAUUCAUUCAUUCAUGAAAUAGAACUGAUCUAAGAUAUUAUUGGAACAUGAAGGUUGGAGGUUGAGGAAGAUAUAUUUCUAAGAAAUUGGAGGGUGGGAACUACUCUGAUAAAACAGAACAAGAACGACUCAUCUGCCUUACCACGGGACUGACUGACCCAGGCUCUCUCCUCAGCAACCAGCCUGUGUCUACUGCCAGCUUCUUCCUUAAGCCCGUCUUGAGAAUGUCCUGGAAAUUCCAAGGGCUCCCACUGACCACUGCAUCAAAUAUAAAUUCAAGGGCCUGGCCUCUGAGACCAGGGACAUAAGAUGCAGUUCUAAAAACAGACUCUACAUUGCCUCCUCCUCCUUCCCAAAGGACACCACCCACGCUGCUGCCAGGUCCCUUCCAAUAUCCCUCCACUUCUCUCAACACCCCCUAUGGGGGGCGGUGAGGCAGGAGAUAGAAUCUCACCCCAGAGUGAAGGGAUUUAUAUCCCAGCUCUGUCACUUUUAAUAACCAAAAGAUCUUCAGCCCCUCACCUAUAGAAAGGGGACAGUGGUGGCCUCAUUUAUUCUAGCAUGGCAAAUCCGCCAGGAAUUUAGCUUCCCCUGUUCCUGGCACUGUUGAGCUGCCUCUGAGUGACAACGCAGAUGGAGUGGGAGGAGCCUGCAGGAGACAGCCAGACAAGAGACCCCCAUUCCCACAGUGAUGCUCAGCAGCACUUAGACCUACAGACCCCUAACCAUCUCCCUGCUGCCAAUCAAGAGCCAGGCUAUGUGAGCAGCUUGCUUUCUGUCCUCAACCCGAGAGCAUCAUGUGAUCUAACCACAGGAGACCCUCACAGCUGCACUCACUGACUGGGGCCUCCUUUAUAGUCCGACAAUGAGAAUUCCGGGACUGCACAAUUCUUUCUAAAAAGUGCUUUCUAAAAAGCACUGGGUCCCAAAUUGCUCUCUGCUCCUGUGUAGAGUUGUAAUAACCAUUUUAGAAGUCUCCCCCAGAUGGUGGCACUGAGGAAGUUGUGGCAUGUGGCUCACUGUGGCGUGUCUGAUAUCUCCUUGGCAGUCUGCGUGUUUGUUUCAAGGGUGGCAGACUGAGUCACAGCCCUCACAGGCACGUCCAGCAUUUUGACAUUGCAGCACAAUGCUGUCUUCUACAGUGGUCACAACUGAGAACCUCAAAAUUUAGUUACCAAAGUGGGGAGACGGGAAA